AUGGAACAGGACAUCCACCCUCUGACACCACCGUGCCAUCUCCAAACCCCAGCUGCAGUCAUUUUACAUCAUAUACGGCCACUCUCAACGGCCUUCAUCAUGACUCCCCUCCCUGCCCCCCUCCUCCUGUCCAUGCAGAUCGCAAUCCUUACCUGUGUUAAUGGAGCAUUCUACAAGCAACAUCCUCAACAAUAUCAGCCUGCACAACAGUACCAACAUAUGGGCCUCGGCAAAGAGAGCUUCCCUCAGCAACCAUACAUGGGCAAAGAGAUGCCCUAUAUGCAGUACCCGCACUAUCGAAAAGAGAUGCCACAGAUGCCAGUGAAGGGCAAAGGUCUUCGAAAUGGUGGUGCCAUUAAUGGUGGACAGGACAAAGGCCAGACCAUUCCCAGUGGUGCUGAAGGCGUUCCUCAAGGUGAACCAGGUCCAAUGGGGCCUCCAGGACCAAUGGGGCCUCCUGGUCCCCCUGGACCGUCUGGCAAUGGACUAACAGGACCUGAGGGAAGACCAGGAAAACCUGGUCCACCUGGAUUACCUGGACUCGGAAAACCAGGGGACCCCAAGGUCCACCAGGACCACCUGGGUUGCCAGGAAUUGGUAAGACUGGUGUACCAGGACUACCUGGCCAGCCAGGCCCCAAAGGUGAAGCAGGCCACAAAGGACUUCCAGGCUUACCAGGGCCAGCGGGGCCGGCUGGACCAAGAGGACUUCCUGGCUUUGGAAAACCUGGGCUUCAUGGAGCACCAGGACCAAAAGGUCCUCCAGGAGAUAAAGGACAUCCUGGACUGCAAGGACCAGCUGGACCACCAGGGGAGGCCGGAGCUCCAGGCCCACAGGGUGCACCUGGGCCUAAAGGUGACUGUGGAGAAGGAGGACCUAAAGGUCUGGAUGGAACCAAAGGAGAUGUGGGACCUCCGGGCCUGGCUGGUAGAGAUGGACUUCCUGGGGAUCGUGGAGAACCAGGACCAAGAGGCCCACCAGGAGCAGUAG